GCUGAUUGGUGCAUGUUCACUGAAGAUAGUAGUUGAUCGCUUUCAUUGUUAUAAGCAAUAGUGUUUGGUUACACUACUGAAUCAUGUCACCUUUGAGCGCGUCUUGAUGUCCUUGAGACCACGAUAAUUACUGUCGUUGAAUCAAACACCAGCAAUUUCGUUAAGUGGGUUAUCAUCACUUAACUAGCUAUUAAGCAAAAGAAAUGUUUGUUAAUUUGACAGCUGGAGCAUUGUUUUAUGCAUCUGGUAAAGUCGUGCAUGGUUUUGGGAGAGGAUCAAAACAGCUUGGAAUUCCAACUGCGAAUCUUGAAGAAUCUAUUGUUAGUAAAAUUCCGGACUCAACUAAAAAUGGUAUUUACUUUGGGUGGGCUAAGUUGAGCAACACUCCAGUGUAUAAAAUGGUGAUGAGUAUUGGAUGGAAUCCUUAUUUUAAAAAUAUCAAGCGUUCUGUGGAAGUCCAUAUACUCCAUAGAUUCGAGGAGAAUUUCUAUGGUGAUACAAUUAAAGUAAUUGCUGUUAAGUAUUUCAGACCUGAAUAUGACUUUCCAAGCAUUGGGGAUUUAAUUAAACAAAUACAUACAGAUAUUUCUGAGGCUAAUUUAUUCCUUAAUAAAUCAGAAGCUUUACUUUGGAGUAAACAUGACUUAUUCAAUGAAAAAGAUCGAUGAUCAAUCAUAAAUUUACUUAUCGAAAACACUUCCAUAAUACCUUUCUAUAGAAACUAAUCCAAUGUAUAUAUAUAGAAUAGAUUUAUGCGCGUAUAUGUAAAUGAUAAGUGAUGGAGUGUAAUUAAAUCAUCGAUUUUGACUAACUUGAUUUUUAUAAUUUUUUGAUCAUCAUUGUUGUUUUGACAUGUUAUGACUCUAAUAAAAUUGUAUUAUUGUUU